CUCGCGCCCUCCCGCUGCGCCGGCGGAGCAAACAUGGCCCACGCUGUGCGGGCGCUGUGGCCCGGCGGGCGCGCUCUGACCUGGAGGCUGGGCGGUCGCCCCGCGCUGGGACUCCCCGCGCAGAGCCGGGCCGGCUUAACCGGGGCGGCGGGAGGUCCGGGCCCCGCCGCCACCACCCGCAAGGGUUGCCCACGGCUCCUGGGGGCGGCGGCGCUGGCCCUGGGAGGAGCCCUGGGGCUGUACCACACUGCGCGGUGGCACCUGCGCGCCCAGAACCUCCGUGCCGACCUCUCAGCCGCGCAGCUCUCCCUGUCCAGCCGCCUGCAGCUGACUCUGUACCAGUACAAAACGUGUCCCUUCUGCAGCAAGGUCCGCGCCUUCCUCGACUUCCACGCCCUGCCCUACCAGGUGGUGGAGGUGAACCCUGUGCGCAGGGCCGAGAUCAAGUUCUCCUCGUACAGGAAGGUGCCCAUCCUGUUGGCCCAGGAAGGAGACAGCUUGCAACAACUGAACGACUCCUCUGUCAUCAUCAGUGCCCUCAAGACCUACCUGGUGUCGGGGCAGCCCCUCGAAGACAUCAUCACCUACUAUCCACCCAUGAAGGCUGUGAACGACCAGGGCAAGGAGGUGACCGAAUUCUGCAACAAGUACUGGCUCAUGCUGGAUGAGAAGGAGGCCCAGUGGAUGUAUGGUGGGAAGGAGGCCAGGACGGAGGAGAUGAAGUGGCGGCAGUGGGCAGACGACUGGCUGGUGCACCUCAUCUCCCCCAAUGUGUACCGCACGCCGACCGAAGCCUUGGCCUCCUUUGACUACAUUGUCAAGGAGGGCAAUUUCGGGACCGUGGAGGGCGCCAUGGCCAAGUACAUGGGCGCAGCUGCCAUGUACCUCAUCAGCAAGCGGCUCAAGAGCAGGCACCACCUCCAAGAUGACGUGCGUGAGGAUCUCUACGAGGCUGCCAACAAGUGGGUGGCAGCUGUGGGCAAAGACCGGCCCUUCAUGGGGGGCCAGAAGCCAAACCUGGCUGAUCUGGCAGUGUACGGUGUGCUGCGUGUGAUGGAGGGUCUGGAGGCCUUCGACGACCUGAUGUGUCACACUCACAUCCAGCCCUGGUACCUGCGGGUGGAGAAGGCCAUCGCUGAGGUCCCCCAGUGAACUGAGCAUCCCUGCCGGGAGGAGGGAGGGAACAGUGGAAGACACCGGCUGUGGGGGACCAGGGCCGCUGGGCCAGCACCUGCUGAUGCUGUGAUACAGUGCCGCAGGGGACAGGAUCAUUUGACCUCUUGCCCACCCCACCCUAACUGCCCCCUUACUUCUAACACUGGACGUCUGCUGGAGCCCUGGGGCGCUGGGGGACAAAGCCCAGGCUCAGUUUCCAUUCACAAAUGUACCCCCGCCCCCCGGGGCAUGGAAAGCUACCUCCCUCACCAGCUGGAACCCCUCCUGGGCCUCCCUGCUCUUUAGCCUUCUCGGGGGCUCUCAAGACUGCCCUGUCUGCGCCCCGUGGGUGGGAAUCAGGUUGGGCUCCUGCCCUGGGCAAGGGAAGUAGGGACCGUCCGGUUUGGGGAGGCCCCAUCCCUGGCUCCCCCUGGUUCCUGCUCUUCCCAGGUGUCCCCAGGACUGUGUGUCAUGUUCACAAUAAAGAAAAGGUUUGCUGCUCCCCGCGUGGCGGCACCAUAGUGGAGGUCUGCAGCCAGUAAA